AUGAGUGGUCGAUUUGGUGUAAAUGAGGCUUUAGAUCUGUUAGAUGAUCUCCCUGAAGAUUUUUCUGACACCGAAUUUGAAGACGGGAGUGAUCUUGAAGAGGAUGACCUUGCCUGGUUGCGCGAGACUAAUGUCAACGAAAAACACAAUGAGGAAGCUGCAUUCCGUGACUCCGUUCUGUACACUGCAGAUGAUUUACUGACCCAAAACCAGUCGUGCAAUCCAAGAGGCUCUCUGGAUACUGUUGUGUCGUGCAAGUCUUUUUAUAGUCACCAUAGGCCUGCCAGUAAUGCUCCUUCUUCACAUGCUCCAGCACAGGCUCUGAGCAAGAAUCGAAACAGCAGUGACAGCCAGUCUGAUGACAGUAACGGUGACGAGGAGUGGUUUCCUUCUAGUGUUCAAACGGCCGCUACCAGCAAAUAUCGAGGUCGUGUCAGAGUACGAGGAGGUUCUGGUCGAGCUUCAAGUUCAAGUAGCCGGAAUGUCAGCAGGGCCUGUCAUUCACAUGAAGUUCGACUACAUGAUGCUCAACAGACCAAAGAGGCAUUGCCUGCCCUUCCACCUACUAGCCAGGGAGUUUACCAGUGUGGUCGCAGAAGAGGUCGCGUCCGUGUUCGAGGCUGUGGCAGUAGGAAAGUGUGCAGAGUUUCAAGUACCCUGGAUGUUUAUUCACAGAGCCAGAACGAAGGCACUGAAUUUCAUCGAGGUGACAAUGACAACACUGGUGUAGAAAGCCAAGCUGACACUAGCACUGAUGAGGAAUGGUUACCUGGCUCUCGUACCAGUCAAAAUCGUGAAGGUCGCCGUGGCAUUGGUGCUAAUGCAUUGCCCGCUGCAAAUCGUGGACGAGGUCGUGGUCGUGGUCGCGGUCGUGGUCGCGGUAAGGUGGUCAACACAGUGGCCAGGGAUGGAGAACACGUUGUUCAACUUCAACCAGAGACCGACGAUACAGAUGAUUCAGGUGUUGACAAUGAUAUUAUUGUGGCUGGUCAAGACUUAGUGUGGGAGGCGUUUGAUGGCGAUGAAGUGAACCCUAAUCAUGCUAUUCCUUUUACUGCUAGGAGUGGUGUGUGCGAUUGGGUUUUAGCCAGAGAGCCUGUUCUAGCCUCAGACUUUUUCAAACUCUUUUGGGAUGACAACAUAUCCCGUGACAUUUGCAGGGAGACCAAUUUGUAUGCAGAUCAGUGUAGGGCAGCAAAUCCAUCAAAAAUGCGGUGGAUUCAAAUUGACAGGAUAUCACUUGAUGCUUUCUUAGGAGUAAACAUUGCCCAAGGCAUUGAUCGUCGUGCCCAUCUGAGGGACUACUGGUCCACAAAGCCAUGGUCCCGGACACCGUGGUAUGGAGAGGUCUUCACUGGGAAGGAUUUUUUUCAAAUCCAUCGAUACUUACACUGUUGUGACAAUGUACAAUAUGAUCCAAAUGAUCCGAACAGAGACAAACUUUUCAAAGUCAGGUUUAUUGUAAAUAGAUUGAGUGAAAACUUUCGGCUGAUGUACACACCUGGACACCAUAUUUCAGUUGAUGAACAGAUGAUUGGAACAAAGUGCCGGGUUUCUUUCCUCCAGUAUAUGCCGAAGAAGCCAAAGCGAUUUGGUAUAAAACUUUGGGUCCUCGCUGAUAGUGAUUCUGGCUAUUGCAGUCGGUUCCAAAUCUAUACUGGGAAGGUUGCUGAUCGCGUUGAAGUUGGCUUGCCAUCACGUGUUGUCCAUGAUCUAACUGCAGACUUUAGUGAUUCUGGAUACCGUCUUUAUACUGACAAUUUCUACACAUCGCCAACCUUGUGUCUUGAACUUCUCAACCGUGGUAUCUUAUGCUGUGGAACAGUUCGUCUGAAUAGACGAGGCUUCCCAAUGGAGCUAAGGCCUGUCAAAGGUGACCAUUUUCAGAGAGGUGGAAUGGAGUUCAGAAAAUGCCAUGGUGGAUUGAUGACUGCAGUACGUUGGAAAGACAAGAGGGAUGUAACAGCCUUAUCCACAAUGCAUGGAAACCAAGUGACAGUCAUACCGCCACGUCGAGAAGGGCAGGACGAACGUAGAAAGCCAACGUUGAUAGCCAACUACAAUGAUCAUAUGGGAGGAGUAGAUCUACUUGAUCAACACUUGUGUUACUAUACCGUCAGUCGUCGCAACCUGAAGUGGUGGAAGCAUGUAUUUUGGAGGCUUGUGGAGCUUUGCAUAGUUAACUCAUACAUAGGGUACAAAAAAGUGACAGGAAAGAACAUUGAGCAAAAGGCUUUUCGUGAAAUGUUGGUAGCAGAACUGACGGAACCACAGCGAGAGCGACGUGCCAACAGAGAUCUACCUGGUCGUGGUCGGCCUCGUCUGGCUCCAGUUGAGAACAUCCCGAUUCGCGGUCCUAUUCCUGCAGUUGCAGCAAGAACAACUGGUGUCCACCCCAUGACAACACAAAAAGAUGGUGGAAUUAGGAGAACGUGUAGAGUGUGUGGCUAUGAAAAGGAUGAAAAUGGGAGAAAAUCUCAAAGGAAAACGAACAAUUACUGUUUGACAUGUGAGCGAUAUAUUCAUAGGAAAGACUGUUGGAAUCGGUGGCACUCUAGAGACCCUUUGCUCUAGACACUGCAGUGAAAGUGGCCUCUGAAAUGGCUCAUCCAUCAGUGCAUCUGUGGUGCAUUCAUGAGUGUAUCUUCUUAGACUGCUAGGCACAUUACGGGGCUGGUUUCGUGAAAAUAUGCAUUUUAUGCACAUUUUCAAAAUGUAUUUGUGAUUGUUCCGUACAUUUUCCUAUUCCAUAAGCGUAUUCGACAAUAUCAAAUUUGAUCCGUCCAUUAUGCGCACUGUUGCAGUGAUCAGUAUUGUUGAUCCGGCCAUUCUGCGCUCUGUUGCAGAGGUCAGUAUUGUUGAUCUGUCCAUUAUGCAGAUUAGGUGUAGCAAGGCAGAAAAUAGGGAAAAAUCAACUUUUUCUCAAAUAUUCAGUCAAAAAUCAAAUAUUUGCAGAGUUUGAUCGUUACCAUGGCAACGGUGCAUGAUUUAUUUUCGUUCUAUCAGAUACCCUGGUUGCCCAUAUAUAGGCCUAACAAAAUAUCAUUACAGUUACCCCUCUAUCUUUUGCAGCUUUGCUACACUGGCUCCUUGAAAAAGAUUGGUGUUGUUUUGCACUUCCAUGAAAAUUCACUCUAAGUCCACACAGUGAUAGAUUAUGCCGUUAUGUAAAAAAAUAGCAUAAACAACUUCAUUCUUCCAGAGAUAUGCAUCAUGUUCUGUCCCUAGGAUGAAAAGUGCCCAGUUAACUCGAUUCCUUGGUCAGAUCUGGUGUAUCUAGACCAACAAUAUGGUAAAAAUCUAUUUUUUCUCGAAUAAUCUCUCAAAAAUCAAACAUAUCCAUAGUUUGAUUGUUACCAUGGCAACGGUGCAUGAUUUAUUUUCGCUCUACCGGUUACCCUGGUAACCCACAUAUAGACCUAACAAAAUGUCAUUACAGUUAUCCCUCUAUCUUUUUCAGCUUUGUUACAUUGGCUCUUUGAAAAGUAUUGGUGUUGUUUUGCAUUUCAAUAAUAAUUCAUUCUGUUGUCCACUCUGUGAAAUGAUAAAGCCGUUGGGUAAAACGAAAAGCAAAAACAAUGUCAUUCUUACAGAAAUAAGCAUCAUGUUUUGUCUCUAGAGUGAAAAUUGCCCAGUAAAUCGAAUACUGGGGUCAGAUUUGGUGUAGCUAGGAAGUAAAUGUGGUAAAAAGCCACUUUUUCUAAAAUAAACAACCUUAUUUCAUAAUUUUCACUGUUUUGAUACAUAUUAUAAUGGUUGCCAUGGUAACCAGGUAAUGUUUUUCCAAUAUUUGCUGAUGGAUUCUGAAAGGUCAAUCAAAGACCUAAACAAUAUUCCAUUACAGUACCCCUGUAAAGUUUACAGGGUUGAUGCACUGGCUCUUUGAAAGAAAUUGAUGUGAUUCUGUGCAAAAUGCUCUGAAUAAUAAUGGUGCAUGAGAGGGUUAAGAGAAGAAAUGAGAAUCGAUAUCAAAUUAUGUUUAUGGAUAAAAGCAAUGAACUGUUUGGUUUUAAACGUUCUUCAAGAAAACGUCUUAAGCGUUCAUUAUUAAUUCUAAUCAUACUGUUCUCCUUGUCUUCUCGUUCAUUCCUUUCAGGUCGGCUGUGGAUGGCCUCUGUUCGAUCAAAUCCCUCCCUGCUUUACUAACUUUAUAAUUUCUUUCUUAUCUUUGCCAUUUCAGUCAUCGGGGAAAUUUCUAAUUCUCUUAUGACUAAAAAAAUGGGGAGUUAGGCUUGAAAAUUAAUUGCGCUGAUAAUUUCCCAAUCUGAGCGAAAGUCUUGCGCAUAAAUAUCUGCAGUGCUUGAACACUUUUAUGUCACAGCAUCCUAAAUGCCCGAUAAAGAAGACCGUAAUUGUAAUUUGUAAGCAAACUGACUUUUAAUCGUAUUGGCGUAGUUCCACCAGCUGACACCAGGUGGCGUAUCAGCCAGUUUACUUGGUAUCGAUGACCACAACUAUAAUCAUGGCAAUCAAAUGGAACAAAUUUAAGAACAUUUCAUAGGAUUUUGUCAUUCUUUCACAAAAUCUGCGAAGUUCAUUGAAGAAAAGCAAUGGAAGUGUUAUAAUAAUUUUGUUCAAAGUGUAAACUAGAGUCUUCUCCGUGGUUACAUGUAGUUAGAUUAGGGAAACCGAGAAACAACCUUGUAGCUGCACACAUUUUGUUCUUUUCACACCUCAAGUGUGAGGAUACUCUUGGCAGGUCGUAGAAUUUGGUGCGGUGACCUAGUCAUGCACCGUUGUCACAAUUCUGGUGGAAUUACAGAUCCCUUGAAUUGAGGGCAAUACCAUGAGAAUAAAUGUUAGACACUCUUAGUGACACCUGUGUAAAUGUGUAAUAUUUCAGUAAAUAGCGCAAGGCAUGUAAGGAGCAUCUGGCAUAACCAGCCAUGAUAGUCAUACAGAUUCGUUGUUAAUGGUGGUUUAAGGUCGCUACCAGUGGCUAAGGUUAACAUCGUGGAAUACAUUACAUCAACGUGACCAAUUAUGGUGAUAGUUAAUAAUGGGAAAUUGUAAUUGUCUUUGUGACUAUAGUUAACUAACAUUUAUAGGUUGAAUUUGUCAAUGACAUCUUGACAACAAUUGAUACUAAAUGAUGCUGAGACCUGCUUGUAGAUUGUCUUUGUGACUCUUUAUUUGUAACUUUGUCUUUGUGACUCUGUAUUUGUAACUUUGUCUCUGUGACUCUGUAUUUGUAACUUUGUCUUUCUGACUUCGACUUUGUUAUUUUGAUGUUGUCCAUUUAGGAAAUGGAAUAUUGGUACCUCUCUCAGGAAUAUGUUAUGCAUCUGUGUGGAUGGUCCACAAUUAGAAGUUUUACAGAUGUUUGCCUUGUCACAACCUAUAGUAAUACCAGCCAUGUGAUAAUUUCAGAGGAUUGUUUGUGGUAACCACCAAUAGAGCAGCUAUACCCCUUUGUAUUAGCCUUUGUAUUGGUAUUAGACCUUAUGGGCAUGAAGUUCUGUCAUCAACGAAGAUCCAGUGUUCGCUUGAAGUUCUUCCCCAAUCUUCAGAACUUUCCACCUUGUCACAAUUGGCGUUGUCGGCAGGAUUGGGUGAAUGAACAUCUGAACUGCAUUAGAAAUAAUAUAAUUCUUCAAUAAAUAAAGGGGCAAUA